UGACAUUAGAUCAACUCUCAAAAAUCAUCAUCACACACAAUUUAUUUAAUAUAUUUACUAUUGUUAUAGAUAAAAAAAAAUACAAUAUGGUACUAUAAAAUAAUAAUAAAAAGUGUUAAUAUUAUACUCAUUAAAUAUCUAAUUAUUUGUAAGUAAUUUUUCUUAAUUACUGGUGCAAUUAAGUUGUUUUUUGGCAGCUAUGGAUGAUACAGAGUCAACAACUGAGCCCAGUGCUAAUGAUGCAAUGGAUUCAAAUGAAAAAAUAACAUCAGAAGAUGAUUGUAUUAAACCAAAAGAAAUUGAAACAACAUUGAGUCCAGAAAAUUCACCAGCCAACAAUGAUCAUGAACUUGAUACAACUGGAUCACCUGCACCAAAUGAACAGCAACCAAGCAGCCCGGCUUCUGUUCAUUCAAAUGACAGUUUAAAUGAUAAAGAUUCUUCUAAAAAUAUUCCAUCUCCUUCACGCUCACGAUCAGUAUCUCCAUCAAAUAAAAGUGUUGUAAAUUCACCAAUAAAUACUGGUGAUGAUAAUAAUGAAGAAAAAGAAGAAGAAGCAGACGAAGAAGAGGAUAAUGACAAAGAUAAAACAACAUUGGAAUCUUCUGUAAAUGAUACAAUUAGUGAUAAAGAUAAAUCAGUGUCUCCAGAUAGAAGUCGUUCAAGAUCACCAGCAAAAUCACCAUCUCCAGAUUCUGCAAAUAAUGAACUUGAAAAAGCUGAUGACAAAAGUCGUUCUCCAAGUCCAACUGAUGAUAAUAGAGUUGAUGAUAUUAAUGCAUCUCCUGUAGCAUCACCAAGAUCUCCAAGAUCUCCAAGAUCACCUGGAUCACCAGGGUCUCGUCAAUCACAGCCAAUAUCACGUCGUUCAAUAUCAGCUUCACGUUCUAGAUCAAGAUCACGAUCAAAAUCAGGUUCCAGAUCAAAAUCAAGAUCUAGAUCACGAUCAAAAUCAGGUUCCAGGUCAAAAUCAAGAUCAAGAUCACGAUCAAAAUCCGGUUCCAGAUCAAAAUCAAGAUCAAGAUCACGAUCAAAAUCCGGUUCUAGAUCAAAAUCAAGAUCUAGAUCACGAUCAAAGUCAAGAUCCAGGUCACGUUCAAAGUCAGGAUCAAGAUCUAGAUCACGUUCAAAAUCAGGAUCCAGAUCAAGAUCUAGAUCACGUUCAAAGUCAGGAUCAAGAUCCAGAUCACGUUCACGUUCAAAAUCAGGAUCUAGAAUAAAAUCAAGAUCACGAUCAGGCUCGAGAUCCAUCUCCAGAUCAAGGUCAAGGUCAAAGUCUGGAUCAAGAUCAAGAUCACGUUCUGGAUCUGGUUCAAGAUCACGAUCACGAUCAAGAUCAAGAUCACAUUCUGGUUCUAGAAAAAGUAGAAGCAGAAGUAGAAGUCAAGGUUCAAAUUCAAGCCAAGUUGAAAGUAAAAAACGUAGAAGACUAAUAUCUGAUUCAGAUGAUGAAGGUGGUGAAAAAGUAUCUAAACGAAAAUUGUUAGAUCCAGAUGAAGAAAAUGACGAUGAAAAUAUAACAGUUGCUAGAAUUGAAGACGACGAUGAUGAUGAUGAUGCAAAUAAUAAAGAAACUGGAGAGGGACAAGAUGAAAAUGAGGCAGCUGCUGUUGAAGAAAAUGUUGUUGAUCAAGGUAAUGAUGAUGAUGAUGAUUCAGAUGAAGGAGUAAGACGUAAUAUAGAUGAUGAGCAUGGUCUAUCGGAUUUUGAUAAAAUGCUCAUGAGGAAAAAAGAAGAACAAUCACGUCGUCGUAGAAAAAAAGACGUUGGUAUUAUAAAUGAUAAUGAUGAUAUUAUUGCACAAUUAUUACAAGAUAUGAAAACAGCAUCUGAUGAAGAUAGACAAUUAAAUAGUUUAUCAAAACCAGCAACAAAUAAAAUAUCAAUGUUGCCAAAAGUAUUGUCACAAUUAAAAAAACAUGAUCUUCAAUUGGCAUUUUUAGAACACAAUGUAUUAUCAGUAUUAACUGAUUGGUUAGCACCAAUGCCAGAUCGUUCAUUACCAUCACUUUGUAUACGUGAAAAUAUCAUUAAAUUAUUAGCUGAAUUUCCAACAAUUGAUCAAUCAUCACUUAAACAUUCUGGUAUUGGUAAAGCAGUUAUGUAUUUAUAUAAACAUCCACGUGAAACAAAAGACAAUAAAGAACGUGCUGGUAAAUUAAUAAGUGAAUGGGCAAGACCAAUAUUUAAUUUAUCUACUGAUUUUAAAGCAUUAUCUAAAGAAGAAAGAAUGCAACGUGAUUUAGAACAAACACCACAAAAAAAACGUAAAAUAGAUGAAAAUGAAAAAUCUAAAAAAUCACAAGAUAUUGAUAAAGCAUUAAAAGGUGAAGGUAAAACAUUAAGACCUGGUGAUCCUGGUUGGGUUGGCAGAGCUCGAGUACCAAAACCAUCAAAUAAAGAUUAUGUUGUUCGUCCAGAUUGGAAAUCAGAUGUUGACAUUAGUCGGAGUACUAAAAAACCAAUGAAUCGAUUUGAACGUCAUAUGAAAACUUAUAUAGACAACAAAAGAAUUAAAAAUAAUAAACGUGCAGUUGAAAUAUCCAUUGAAGGACGUAAAAUGUCAUUAUAAUAUUUUGCUGUUUUUAUUUUUUCAUAACUAUUCUGAAAUUGAUAAAAUUAUGUUAAAUAGAAAAUCACAAUUCAUGUAAGACAAUUAAUAUUAUUUAAUUAUAAAAUAAUUUCGAUAUAAAUAUUGAUUA